AUGGAGAAUUCUCAGUUUGGAGGAAAUGAGCCGCAGGACACGUCCAGCACCAUCCCAGGGAUAAGCCAGGUGAACGUACUGGAGAUAGCUGAGAUGCAAGAGGAAGGAUACAAGGAAGGACCGGAGAAGCAGACAGUGAAGAGAGAGGAUGAAUGUGAUGAGCUCACGGAAGUUAUUACAGCUGCGAUCAGCCCGCCUUCCAGAGCACACGCAAGGGGUCACAUGCCCGUGUUCUCCAAGUACGGUAGAAGACAUCGCUACAAGUUUGAACUUGAUUUGAUAAAUGCCGGGGAGGACUGCGAUGAAACUUGUAUGUCCGAGGAAAAUUUACAGCAAAACUCAUGCUCUGAUCAAUCUCAGAGAACAAUAAGAGGAGGGAGUAAACCUGAAUUUCCGGAGAAUGACGAAGAGGGUAAUUGGAAUCCAGGGUUUCAAAGUGAAGAGAGACAGUUUGAAUGUUCCCAUUGUAGCAAAUGCUUCAGUCAAAGAGAACAGUUGAUCGAUCAUCAACAACUUCAGUGUGGGACACUCUUCACUUCCAGACAAGGAUUAGUGAGACACCAGGAAACUCAAACUGAAUUGAAACGAUACGAAUGUUCUCAGUGUGGGAGGUGCUUCGGGGUGAAAGACUCAUUGAAGAGACAUCAGAGAACCCAUACUGGCGAGAAACCCUUCAAAUGUUCCCACUGUGGGAGAUGCUUCGGUCAGGUGAGUAAUUUGUAUAGACAUCGAAGAAUUCACACCGGAGAGAAACCAUUCAAAUGUUCUGAGUGCGGAAAAUGCUACAGCGAUGGAAGAGCAUUGAAGAAACAUCAGAAUAUUCAUAUUGUGAGAAAAGCUUCUGUCAGAGGAUUCAUUUCUGAGAAUGACAAAGAGGUUAAUUGGAAUCUAGGGUUUCAAAGUGAAGGGAGACCAUAUGAAUGUUCCCAUUGUAGCAAAUGCUUCAGUCAAAGUGAACAGUUGAUCAAUCAUCAGCAACUUCAGUGUGGGACACUCUUCACUUCCAGACAAGGAUUAGUGAGACACCAGGAAAUUCAUACUGGAUCGAAACAAUACAAAUGUUCUCAGUGUGGGAGGUGCUUCAGGGAGAGAGACACAUUGAAGAGACAUCAGAGAACUCAUACUGGUGAGAAACCCUUCAAAUGUUCCCACUGUGGGAGAUGCUUCAGUCAGGUGAGUAAUUUGCAUAGACAUCGAAGAAUUCACACCGGAGAGAAACCAUUCAAAUGUUCUGAGUGCGGAAAAUGCUACAGAGAUGGAGGAGUAUUGAAGAAACAUCAGGAUAUUCAUAUUGUGAGAAAAGCUUCUGUCAGAGGAUGCAUUUCUGAGAAUGACAAAGAAGUUAAUUGGAAUCGAGGGUUUCAAAGUGAAGGGAGACCAUAUGAAUGUUCCCAUUGUAGCAAAUGCUUCAGUCAAAGAGAACAGUUGAUCGAUCAUCAGCAACUUCAGUGUGGGACAUUCUUCACUUCCAGACAAGGAUUAGCGAGACACCAGGAAACUCAAACUGAAUCGAAACCAUAUGAAUGUUCUCAGUGUGGGGCGGGCUUCAGUGAGAGAGACACAUUGAAGAAACAUCAGAGAACUCAUAUUGGUGAGAAACCCUUCAAAUGUUCCCACUGUGGGAGAUGCUUCAGUCAUGUGAGUAAUUUGUAUAGACAUCGAAGAAUUCACACCGGAGAGAAACCAUUCAAAUGUUCUGAGUGCGGAAAAUGCUACAGAGAGAGAAGAACAUUGAAGAAACAUCAGAAUAUUCAUAUUGUGAGAAAAGCUUCUGUCAGAGGAUGCAUUUCUGAGAAUGACAAAGAGGGUAAUUGGGAUCAAGGGUUCACACAAGGGAUCAGUGUGGGAGGUGCUUCAGCGAUAGGAGCACGUUGA